AUGCUUCGACUCAAGCAAGACCUUCAACUCUUUCUCCGGUGUAAUGUUGGGGACGGGAAUACAGCUUCGUUUUGGUUUGAUUAUUGGACAGACUUGGGUCCUCUAAUUCUUAUGUUUGGUUCCUCGGGGCCUCGUUCAUUGAGAAUUCCACUAAAUGCGACGGUUUCGGGCGCUGUAACUAAUGGCAACUGGAACUUACCGCCAGCACGCUUAGAGAGAGAAAGAGAAAGUUCCCAAGAGGCGGUCACUCUUCAAAUUGUCCUUUCUACACUUCAGGUUCCCUCAGCGGCUAGUGGAGGCGAUGUGUACUUGUGGAGGAAUCACUCGGGGGGUUUCGGGCCAUCCUUCUCUUCUCGUGUUACUUGGGAGAGGAUUCGUAACCCUUCGCCACCAGUAAGCUGGAACUCAGUCGUAUGGUUUAAGGAGGAGAUACCUCGCUGCUCGUUUAUUACAUGGACGGCUUAUCUUGGAAGGCUUCCCACGCGAGACCGUUUGAUCUCUUGGGGUUUGUCGGUACCGUCAGGUUGUGUCCUUUGCUCUGCUGCGGAUGAGUCCAUAAGUCAUCUUUUCUUUCAAUGUUCUUUUGCAGCUGCUACUUGGUCUCGUUUUUGUGGCAGGUUCAUGGCGUCUCCCCCGGCAACGUUGGCUGCGAUUGCUGAUCACUGUCUAAGUCUACAAGGUCCCCAUGCUCCAAGGGCGAAAGCGGUGAUGAAGCUGCUGAAUCAAGUCAUCGUUUACUCUCUAUGGCGCGAGCGGAACGUGCGUAUCUUCAGGGGCGUUACGUUGACUCAGGAGGCCUUCUUCCGUGGGGUUGACAGAGCAAUGCGUGACAGGCUACUGUCUCUGUCUCACUCCCGGUCUUCAGCUCAAGUUGCUGCUCCCUCUCUUCUUGAACUGUACUUUUGGUUCCUUUCCCCUUUUAGUUAA